AUGCUUCAAAAGCAAUCUCUUCUCCGGGCUCUCGCCGCCGAUGAACACAACCAAACCAGCUUUCUUCAAAAGUUCGUCCAAGCCGCUUCUCCAAACCCCCCUGGAGACACAAUAAAAGCAACAGCAGUCAUCGGAGAGUAUUUAUCCAGCAAGAAAAUUCAUUACGAACUCGUCGACGUCAACGGGAGCGGCAAAAUAAAUGUAAUCAGCGACUUUCAAGGCGGAAAAGGUCCUGGUCCACGCGUCGUGCUGAACGGUCAUGUCGAUGUCUUUCCUGUCGGGAACGGUGCCGGGUGGUCUCGAGAUCCAUGGUCAGGCGAUAUUGUCGAUGGAAGACUUCAUGGACGUGGAGUCGUGGACAUGAAGUCUGGGACUGCUUCGCUGAUCAUUGCAUACGCUUUCUUGUAUGAGCGUCGCCAUCUCCUUUCGGGUAGUGUUGCUCUCUGCGCUGUAGCAGACGAAGAGACUGGUGGGAAAUGGGGAACCAAGUAUCUUCUUGAACAGGACAAGCCCCGAUGGGGUGGUGAUCUCAUGCUAUGUGCUGAGCCAGGUGGUCUCGAGACUAUCAGGUUCGCAGAAAAGGGAACGCUCCGAUUGACAUGUACUGUCAAGACCGAAGGCGCUCUAGGACCAUAUCUCCAUCUCAGCAAGGGCGCAAUCCGAACAGCCAGCGCUUUCAUCAAUGAGGUCAUUGAGGCAGUGGAGUCGCUACCGGUCGAUCUCCCAGACGAGAUGGAGAGGCAUCUGGAAAAGCCAGAGGUCAAGCGAGCUAUCGAUCAAGCAAUGGGCCCCGGAACUACUACCAUCAUUGCUCGACCGACCGUCAACGUUGGCACGAUUAACGGCGGGCUCAAAGUCAACAUGAUUCCAGAAACAUGUACCUUUGAGCUAGAUAUUCGCAUGCCAGUGGGGAUGCGAGAAGACACGGUCCUAGAGCUGAUUGACACCAUCACUCCGCAGUAUGAGCCUGCGAGCAUUGUUAUCAAGAAACAGGGUGCUGCGAGUAAUCCCUUCAGUUACUCUGUAAUUGAUCAUCCCAUCGUUGGUCAUCUCAAGGACAACGCCGAGAGUCUGCGACCAGAUGCCGAUGCUCCUGUUCCCAUCCCCUCGAUGGGAGGGUCAGAUUGUAAGCAUUAUCGGUAUGCUGGUAUUCCGGCUUACAUCUUUGGCUGCAGUCCAGCGACAACAUUGCGCCGAUUAUCCGCAAUCAUGCCUGAAAAGAAGACCCUUGUUCUAGGAAGCGGCAUGGUUGCAAAGCCAUGUGUUGAUUACCUACUCCGGAACAAGAACAUCAUUCUCACAGUAGCUGGAAGGCCUUCCGCCAAAUCCAUCGCCCUUGACAUCGCUUCACCGGAGCUUGAUCGCUGCAUCGCCGAACACGACCUCGUUAUCUCCCUCGUCCCAUUUGUCCACCAUGCGACUGUCGUUCGGUCGGCUAUCAAAGGCAGAACAAACGUCGUCACCACAAGCUAUAUUCUCGAGUUCUACACAUAUCGUGGUGGCCUUCCUGCCCCAGAAGCAUCAGACAAUCCUUUGCGUUUCAAGUUCUCUUGGUCUCCCCGCGGCGCCUUGCUUUCGCAGCAGAACUCUGCCACUUUCCUCCAAGACGGGAAGGUCAUUAAGAUUUUCAACAAGGAUCUCAUGAGCAAGGCAGUUCCAUACCACGUUCUUGAUGAGUACUCGUUUCUUGCGUAUCCCAACCGAGACUCUUUAAAGGAGGGUAUGAAGUGGUCGCAUAUUCAGCAGCAGCUUACCGGCGCAACUUCUACCGCUGAGGUUGAUCUUGUGCCAAGUGAGAUCUUGGCCGGCCUCAAGUGGAUGGGACUGUUCUCGGAUGAAGUCGCUGCCAUCCGCGAUUCUCCUCUCGACACUCUUUCCGAUCAACUGGAAAGACUUUGCAGCUUUCAACCUGGUGAGCGGGAUCUGAAUACGAUCACGUCUACCCUCGAACUCUUUGGGGAGCCUGGCGGCUACUCGGCCAUGGCCAAGUCUGUCGGGUGGACCUGCGGCAUUGCCACCCAGCUGCUUCUUGACGGCGAGCCGGCCUUCAAGAAGCCUGGCGUGGUUGCUCCCUACUCCCGGGAGAUCUGCGACCCUAUCCGAGUCAGAGUCGAAGCUGGGGGGAUCAAGCUUGUGGAGCAUACUCUCUAG